AUGGAUGUAAGGAAAGAGAAAAAAAAAAAAAGUUCAUGUAAUUUAAAAGAAGAGGAAAAAAAGAAAACGUCCAAAGGAGUUACUGAAAAAAGUGUAGUUGGAAAUAAGGGAAAUGAUAUAAUAAAAAAGAAAAGCGAAAUAAAGAAAAAUGAUAAGGAUGAUAAUAAAAAGGAAAAGAAUAAAAAUAUGGAUAAUAAGAAGGAAAAGGACAUAAUUUAUGAUAAUCAAAAUGAAAAGAAUAAAAGUUGUGAUAAUCAAAAUGAAAAGAAUAAAAGUUGUGAUAAUCAAAAUGAAAAGAAUAAAAGUUGUGAUAAUAAAAAUGAAAAGAAUAAAAGUUGUGAUAAUAAAAAUGAAAAGAAUAAAAGUUGUGAUAAUAAAAAUGAAAAGAAUAAAAUUUGUGAUAAUAAAAAUAAGUUUUAUAAUUUAGACAAAAAAAUGAAUAAAGUCGAUGAGGAUAUGAAAAUAAAAGAACAAGUUAAUAAUAAAGAUAUCAUGUCAAGUGAUAAUAUGAAAAAGAAAAAUAUUCAUGAUGAUAAUGAUGAAAUAAAAAAAAAAAAUUAUAAUAAAUUAAGAAGAAAAUUAAAAAACCUGAAUUAUACAGAAUAUUUAUGUGUCUUGUGUACACCUCUUGUUCAAAUAAUUUUUGAUGAUUUAAUUCAAGCAAUUCAUAAUUUUCAAAAGUUAUCAGACAAGUAUGAAGAAUUACAGCAAAAAUUUAAAGUAUUGAAAAAUGAAGAAAUAAGGGAAGGUGAGGAAAAGGACAAAAAGGAUGACACAAAUGAACAAGCUGGACAAAUGGGAAAGGAUAAAGAUGAUAACCAAAUCAAACAUAAUAAUAAUAAUAAUAAUAAUAAUAAUACAAGGAAUGAUAACAUUAAUGGUGAUGGUAAUAAUCCUGUGUUGUGUGAAAUGUAUGAAAAUAAAAUUAAAGAACUUAAUAAAAGACUAGAUGAAGAAUGUAAAUUAAAAGAAUAUUAUAUUUUAGAAAAUAAGAAAUUAGAAAUAUCCUUAAAUAUUAUAAAACCAAAUAAAAAGAAAGAAGAUGAUGAAGAAGAAAAUGAUACAUCUAGUUAUGAAUUAUUACAUUGUGAUACACAUGAUUCAAAUUAUAAUCGUAUAACAUCAUAUGACGAUAUUGAAUUAGAUAAAAAAAAAAAAAUGUAUGAAAGAAUGGGAAAAAAGGUACUGAAAAGUAAACAACCUUCUAUAAUAAAUGAUCAUACCUUAUCUCUGGGCAAGGAAUUAUCAUAUUAUAAAAAUCUUUGUAAGGAAUUUAAAAUUGAAUUGGAGUUAUUAAAAAAUGGUCACAAGGGGGGUAGCACAACAAAAAUGGAAGAUAAUAUGGCCGAAGGUAAUUAUAAAUCGUUUGAGGAGAAGGACCAAGAGAUAAACUACCUCAAAGAGAGGCUGCAUGAAUACGAAAUUGAAAUUCGUAAACUGAAUGAACUUCGAUUAAUAAACGGAAUAAAAGAACAAAAAGAAUUGAAGGAUAAUGAAUCAUUUUCUGAAAGUAUGCUAAACGAAAAUUAUCAUAAUCAACAAAAUGAUAAGAAUGAACAAAAUAUAUAUACCAUGGAUGAUACUGACAAUAAUAAUAAUAAUAUUAAUAAUAAUAAUAAUAUUUAUAAUAGCUUUGAUUUGAAGGGCACAAAAAAUGAUAGUAAUACAUUUGAUGUGGAUAACCUACAUAAAAUAAUAAAUACCAAAAACAAUGAAAUUUUCCAUUUAAAAAAUCGAGUUGUAUUAUUAGAAACACAACUAGAAAUAAAAAAUGAGGAUGAAAAGGAGUUUAACGAAAUAUAUAAUGGAAAGAUAAAGGGAGAUAAUAUAUAUUUUAAUAUGAACAAAUCAGGCGAAAGCUAUAGUUCUACUAAAGAGGUUGAAACUUGCGAGGAAGUCGAAAAAAGAAAAAGUGUAGAAAAUAUAAUAAAAGAUAAAGAGAAAAAAUUGGAAAAUAUACAGGAUGAAUAUAAUAAAAACUACGUCGAAUUGGAUGAAUUACGUGUUGAUAUGAAAUUAAAAGAAGAAAAUAUUGAAGAGUUAGAAAGAAUAGUAGUAAAAUUAAAAAAUGAAUUAAAAGAAGAAAGAAGAAAAAGUGAGAAAUAUGAAAGAAAAUAUAAUGAAGAAAAGAGCGAGCUAGCUAUAUUAAAAGAAGAGAUGUUUUCAUUAGAAAAACAGAUUAAAGAAAAAGAGAGUGAAUUUGAUUUAAAUAAGAAUACAAUAAAUAAUUUAAAAUUAGAAUCUGCUGAAUUUAAUAAUAUUAUAUCAUGUUCAAAUGAAACAAAAAAACAUUUAACAGAUUAUAUACAUAAUUUAUUAAAUAAAUUAAGUGCAUGUAAUGAGAAAAUGAAUGAAUUAAAAGAUACGAAUAUAUUAACAAAUCAGAAACUAGAAGGAUAUAAAAAUGAAAUAAGAAAAUUGAAAACUGAUUUAAUAGAUUCAAAUAACCAAGUAGAUGAAUUUGCAACACUCUUAGAUAAAAAAGAUGAAGCAAUAGAAACUUAUAAAUGUAAAUUAGAAAAUAUAAAUAAUGAGUAUUCAAAUAUAAAUAUAAAAUAUAAUGAAAUAUUGAAAGAGAAUCAAAAUUUACAUAUUCAAAAUUCUUCGAACAAUGCUAAUAGCACAUUAAUUAUUCAACAAUUACAACAAGAAAUCGAAAUAUUAAAUAUAACAAAUAAUCAUUUAAAAAAAAUAGAAGAAGAUUAUAAAAUAAUAUUACAAGAAAAAACAAUAAUUGAAGAUGCGGCUAUAAAGAUACAAAGCGAAUUAAAAAAGUCUGUGGAAAAAAUUAAAAAUCUAGAAAUUUAUAUACAGACAUUAUCAGUGGAAAUCGGAAAUAUAAAAACACAAAGAGAUGAUUCUUUAGAUGCAUUAACAAAAGUAGCUAUUGAUAAAACACAAUAUGAAAAUGAAUUAAUACAAAGUAAAAAUAUCAUAUAUGAAUUAAAAAAACAAAUAGAUGAGUAUGAAAAUAAUGCAAAAUUUGUUCAGAAUAAUAUUAGUGAAAUUAGUAAAAUACAUAUUAAAAAAGAAGAAGAAUAUAUUUUAUUAAAAAAUGAAUUAAAAUCUUUAAGAGAAAAUCUAAAUGAAAAAAAUAUUAAAUUACAAUUAUUAGAAGAAAAAGAAAAAAAACUGGAACAAAAUCAUGCAGCAUAUAAUAAUUUCCAUUUAGAAGCACAGAAAAAAUAUAAUUCAUAUGAAAAAGUUAUUGAUAAUUUAAAAAAAGAAAUAGAUGAAUUGAAUAUAAAUAAUAGUGAUAAUAUAGUAAUUAUAGAGAAAUUAAAAGAAGAAUUACAAAGAGAACAAAAUAAAACAUGUAAUAAUAAUUAUGAUUAUCUAAAUGCUUUUAGCGAUAAACCAAUCGAUAUAUCACUUUCUCCUAAUACAUGUCUUAACAGAAAUUUUUUGAAAGCUCAAAAAGAUGAAAGCACACAUGAUAUUACAAAAAUUAAAGAUGAUCAUAAAAAUAUUCUUAAUCAUAUAAGUCCAAUUGAUCAUAAAACAUAUACCGAUACACAAAGGAAGGACCACGAAAAUGUGUAUGACAAUGUGCAAAAUGAAGAAGAGACAAAUUUUAAGGAACAUAAUAAGAAUUUAACUUAUGAAUAUAAUGACGAUUUUAAUAUUUUUAUUAAUUCUAAUAAAAAUAAAGAUAAAAGUAAAACAAAAAAUAAUAUAGAUAUAAUAAAGGAAGUUGAACAAAAUGUGCAAAAGUAUGCAAAUGAUUCUGUAAAAAAUGAAGGCGAAGAUAAAAAUAUAGAAAGGAAAGCUGAAUGUACCCAUGAAAACAUAAAUAGGGAGGAACCAUUUGAUCAAAUAUCUAUGAAUAAAGAAGAUAUUAAAAAGAAAGAGACAAAUGAGAGUAUAUAUAUAAAAAAGAAUUAUGACAAAAAUGACGAAGAUUUACUUAAUAGUACAUCUAGUGGUAUGUCAUCGUACCUUGGAAAUAAUGAUAUAUCUUUAUUUAGUAGUGCAAAAUUAAAAAAGAUGUUUAAUCUUAGUCAUACAUAUAAUAAAAAAAUUAAUGGACACAAUAAAAUGGAUACUAUCAACAAAUCAAAAGUUGAGAAUAAAAUCAAUACAGAUGAUGAUCUAUCUAAUAGUAAGAAAAGUAAAAAUGAAAAAGCAGACAAAAAUGAUUAUUAUGAUGAUAUGGUUUAUGAUUUUAAGAAAAAUGGAAUAUAUAAUAAAGGAGAGAAAAAAAAAAAAAAAAAAGUGAAAGGAAAUAAAGAAUAUUAUAUACAUAAUGAUAUAAAAACAAAUGAUAAACAAAAAGUAUUGAUAGAUAAAAAAAAUAUAAAUAAAGAUUCUAUAAAUAAUAUGGAUAGUAUGAUAAAACCUUUUAAUAUGAAAAAAAAAUAUAAUUUGGAUAGUUCAUUUAUUGAAGCGAUUGAUAAAUCGAUUUAUAAGAAUAAUCAAAAGAAUAAUUUAGAGAGUCAAAUUACGAGUGAUGAAGAAAAUGAUGCGAAAUUUCCGUUAUUUUAUGUUGAAGAAAAUAAAAAUAGAAUUAAAAAUAAGCAAAACGAAAAUAUGAAUAAAAAUAAAAUGGAUAUGAAAAAGGGAAGGGAUGUGUAUAAUGUGCAAGAGGAAUAUGAUGAAGAUAUGAUAGCAGGGGGGGGUGUAGUAAAUGUGAACGAAAAUAAAAAUGAAAAUAAUAAAAAAAAUGAUAAUUAUAAUGAUCAAAAAAAUGAUAAUUAUAAUGAUCAAAAAAAUGAUAUUUAUAAUGAUCAAAAAAAUGAUAUUUAUAAUGAUCAAAAAAAUGAUAUUUAUAAUGAUCAAAAAAAUGAUAUUUAUAAUAAUCAAAAGGAUAAUUAUGUAGAUAAUAAAGUCACAGAUAAUAAUAUAAGAAACAAAUCAUAUGAUGAGAAGAGAAAAAAAAAAAAUUAUAAUUUCAUUUCUCAAACGAGUUAUGAAGCUAAUAGUAAUAAUAGUAGUAUUGUUUUAUUAGAUUCGUUGAGUUCAGAUAUGGGACCUAACAUAAGUAUUGAUAAAUAUAAUGUAACUAAAAAUAACGAAAAGAUAAAUAAUAGUUAUCACAAUAAUAACAAUAGUAAGGAUGCAAGGAAUGAAUAUAAUAAUAUAUUAUAUAGUUCAAAUGAUUAUAAUAACAUAAAAAAAGGUACCUUACUAUUAUGUGAUAAUUCUCGUGAUAAUAAAAUGAAUACAUAUAAUGGAAAAGAUAAUAAAAAUAAAUAUAUAUAUGAUAAUGACUAUAACAUGAAUAAUACAAAUGUUAAGUUGGAUAUAUCUAAUGAGAAUAAAAAAAAAUAUACAACUAAAAAAAAUAAUAAUUUAAACAAUAACAAUAAUAAUAAUAAUAAUAAUUAUUAUGACAAUUUUGAUAAUUAUGAUAAUUAUGAUAAUUAUGACCAUGUGUAUAAUAAACGAAUAAUAAGAAAUGAACCCGUUUUAUCUAACAAAUCUAAAAUAAAGAAAGAUUUAUACAAUAAAUAUAUGGAUGUUUUAAAAAGUUUAAAAAGUGAAGAAAUGGAUGCUUCUGUUAAUACAACAAAUAAUAAAACUAUCGAUUUCACAAAUGAUUUUACAAAACCACAAGAAAAUUCAACAUCCAUUUUGUCGUCAUCAAAAACGUUACAAAAAGAUAGUUUACUAAGUAAUCUUUCUAAAUUUAAAUUUAAUGAGGAGCUUCAUGAAUUUUCCUGUGAUCCAUUAACUAUUAUUAAGCCUAUUGAGGAAUCGAACCGUGAUUAUUUUGAAUAA